AUGGAAAAUUGGAAAAAGGACGGAGUAGCAGGCUCGAGGAGGGUUCCAAGCUUUCCAAAGAUUCCAAAGAUUCCAAAGAUUCCAAGUCAUGCAGCAAAAUCUCAAUGCACCAUUGCACCUAAAGCACAAUUUUCUAUUUCCGAAGCGCCCCGUGAACCGAGAGCCGAGAGAUACCUAUGUACGGAGUACUGUCCCAUCCAGUGCCUAGAUGUACUUGUUAUAACCUAUAACGUAAUCGUACUUGAGAAAGCGACCGAUCUCUUCCUGCUUUAA